UUCGUGGUGUAAACAAUAGAGUGUUUUACAAAGAAUUAUUUGUUUAAAACGUCAAUAUGCCACCGAUGAACGAUAACGACCCUUAUGCACACGCAAGCAAGGGACUUUUAAAACUCAAAAAUGAUCAAGGCGUGAGUAAGAAAAAAAAGCACAAGGAAGGCAAAAAGAAAAAACUAGUUGAAGUGUCGAAAAUCGAAGAGGAAGAAAAAACUAAGACCACGGAAAUUAAACGCACAAAGGCGGAAAUAGCAUUUCAGAAAAUGCAAGAAAAGAUGCAAAACGAACGAAUUAAACAAAAGGCCUCUAUGACACAUAAACAACGAGUAGAAGAAUUCAACAGACAUUUGGAUAGUUUAACAGAACAUUUUGACAUACCAAAAGUCAGCUGGACAAAAUAAAUUCUUUAUAUAU